AUGACGUCUGCUCUUGAUCAGUUGAAAGCCACCGGCACUACCGUGGUCUGCGAUUCUGGUGAUUUUGCGACCAUUGGAAAAUACAAGCCAGAGGAUGCCACCACCAACCCCUCCCUCAUUCUCGCCGCCUCCAAGAAACCAGAAUAUUCCAAGUUGAUAGACGAAGCUAUCCAGUACGGAAAGAAGCACAGUAGCUCCCUUGAGAGCCAGGUCGACUCGGCGCUCGACCGACUCCUGGUUGAGUUUGGAAAGGAGAUCUUGAAGAUUAUUCCCGGCAAGGUGUCGACGGAAGUUGAUGCCCGCUACUCUUUUGAUACAAAGGCCUCUGUUGACAAGGCCCUUCAUAUCAUCGAGCUUUACAAAUCCGUCGGCGUCCCCAAGGAGCGCGUCUUGAUUAAAAUUGCUUCCACCUGGGAGGGUAUUCAAGCCGCCCAUAUCCUCCAAUCGCAACAUGGCGUCAACGUCAACCUUACGUUGAUGUUUUCUCUGGUCCAGGCCAUCGCUGCCGCCGAGGCUGGCGCUUAUCUUAUUUCUCCAUUCGUCGGGCGUAUCUUGGAUUGGUACAAGGCGGCCAUGAAGAGGGAGUUUGCUUCCCACGAAGACCCUGGCGUGGUGAGCGUCCAGAGCAUCUUCAAUUACUACAAGAAGCACGGAUACAAGACCAUUGUCAUGGGUGCCUCAUUCAGAAACACUGGUGAAAUUACUGAACUCGCAGGCUGCGACUACUUGACAAUCUCACCAAACCUUCUUGAAGAGCUGUACAACUCCACUGCCUCUGUGCCCAAGAAGCUUGACGCUUCCGCAGCAACCAAGCUCGACAUCCCUAAGCGCAGUUACUUGAACGACGAGGCCCUUUUCCGCUUCGAUUUCAACGAAGAGCAAAUGGCAGUGGAGAAACUCCGCGAGGGCAUCUCGAAAUUCGCUGCCGAUGCUGUCACGCUUAAGAAAAUCUUGCGGGAGAAGAUCCAAGCUGCAUAG